AUGCUUGCAGCCGCCCAAGCCAAACGAAAAGUAUGCGAGGCCGAGAAGUACCUGGCUGACUGCAUUUUGGCACACCAAUCAGUGCUUCUCGAUGUCUGGCGUCAACGUGCCCAGGCCGCAAAUUCUCAUUUGUUGGUAGCAGAGCUCAAUGUCGGACGCCUACAUAUGGAACGGAAGAAAUUUUGUGUUUCAAUGUCCAUGGCUCGGAGUGACGCAGAGAGUGCGACAACAAUCGGCACCUCAUCCUCAUACUAG